AUGGAUGUUUGCUGUGCCUACUUCGACCCGGAUUAUGAGAACCUCAACGAGAGGAUUUAUGGGACAAGGGUUAAUGUGGACAACGACUCAUGUGGUAAAUGUACUGUUGUCAACGUGAACAGUCGAAAUGACCAUGACCUCCUUCUUGAAGUGCUCGAAGUUUUGAUUGGUCUCGAGCUGUCGAUCGCAAAGUGUUACAUAUCAUCUGACGGCGGAUGGUUUAUGGACGUUUUCCAUGUGAGAGAUCAGGAAGGAAACAAGGUUUACAGCAAGAAGGCCAUAAACUAUAUAGAGCAGGCAAUAUGUACUAGAGAUUCUCCGAGGUUCACAGUGACGAGAUCGAAUGAGCUUGCGUCCAGACCUGAUGUUGCCGCGCAUUAUACAGGAAUUGAGAUGAUUGGCCACAACCGGCCUGGAAUUUUCUCCGAGAUAUCUGCUGUUCUUGCUGAGCAGGGGUGUAAUGUUAUGGAAGCGCAUGCUUGGAGCCAUAAGGACAGCUUAGCCUGUGUUGCAUUUGUGUCUGAUGAAUCAACAUCAUCCCCCAUCAAUGAUCCGAACCGCUUAGCCUCUAUUCAGGACCAUCUUGGUACUGUUCUUGGACCUGGUACCUCAAUGGAUGAAGAUGGGCAUAGUGCAAGAGCUCAUCUGCUUGGGGCUGAUGGCCUGACAAGUCAUCCUGAGCGUCGGUUGCACCAGCUAAUGUUUUCUAGUAAAGAUUUUGAUGGACAUCCAGGAAAGGCAUGUACUGCCUUCCCAAUGCUUAGUUUGGAUGGUUACAAAAAGGGCAGGAGGACAGUUGUCUCUGUUGAUCGGUGCAAUGAGAAAGGAUACUCAGUUGUAAAUGUGGAAUGUGUCGACCGGCCAAAGCUGAUGUUUGACACUGUGUGCACGCUUACGGACAUGCAAUUCAAUGUCUUCCAUGCCUCGGUUUCUUCCCGUGGGCCUUUUGCCUGUCAGGAAUACUACAUCAGGCACAGGGAUGGACAUAUUCUAGACACUGCAGAUGAAAGAUGCCUGGUUGUGAAAGGUGUGAAAGCUGCAGUCGAGCGUCGAACUUGUGAGGGUGUGAAGCUGGAGCUAUGCACGGAGAACAACGCUGGUCUCCUCUCGUACAUCACUAGGGUCCUCCGGGAGAACGGGUUAACCGUUACACAGGCAGACAUCGCCAUGGAAGGAGACAAGAUGAAGAACACAUUCUACGUGCAAGGCAUAUCAGACAACAAGAUCGACAUGAAUGUUGUCGAGUCUGUCAGGAGGGAGCUUGAGCCCCUGCCCUUCCAGGUGAAGGAUGAUGAGCUUCUGUCCCGGGGGCAACUGGAAGGCGAACCGGUGGCCGAGAGAAACGGCUUCUGCAUCCUUGGCCUGCUGAGGUCGAAGAUAGAGAGCCUGUCUCAUGGUUUCAGACUUUCAUCUCUUCAGGGUAGUUUGGCUCUGUGA